GCUAACAGAGCAGAAGCUGACAUCAACCAGUGCUAUCUGAGCACGCGCAAGACUCUCAACUCUGUCAUAGUCACUGCAAUCCCCGCCGACUUGACUUUGACGUUGAAACAAGGCGAUUAUUUGCACGCAAAGCAGCGCCCGGGCCGAGAUCUGGUCGCAUAGGCAUUGAAUUGUUGAGAUAGCAUGAUGCUGAGCGCCAACUCGGCAGUCGCAGCUGCCGCGCCCAUGCUCGGCGCGGCCUGGGCCAGCGGCACCCUCCGCGCGCUGUCCUCAAGCGCUGCUGUUAUGGAGAGUGUGUCCCUGGGCUCGGAUGCACCGCUCCUGGUGCGCCUGUCGUCGCGUCCCUGGGGCGCGUCUGCCUCCCUCAGCAAGGCCGAGGUCCUAGCGGCAGCCGGCGUCAAGUCUGCGCCGUCGCGCAUCGCGGUGGUGCGCGACUGCUUCGCCUCCUUUGACCAGCCGCAGCGGCCCCUGGCCCAGAUCGUGAAGCCGCUGGGCGGCUCGGCGGUGGCGGUGGCGUCCGAGCUGGCGUCCGCCGCUGAGGCGCGGGCGGUGGUGGACUCGUACAAGCUGGCGGGCGACAGCUACCAGCUGGACAAGUCGGGCGGCUUGCCGGCAGUGGCCGCCGACCUGCUGUCCUUCCUGCGGGCGCAGCAGCAGCGGGUGGCGCUGGUGUCGGACGUGGCGGCGGCGGGCGUGGACAGCGCCACGCCGGUGGUGGGCGCAACCAAGGGCGUGCGGCAGUCCACCAACGAAGUGCUGAUGGUGGCGCCCACCGCCUUUGGCUUCAACGAGCAGGCGGCGCAGGACAACAGCUUCAUGCACGCAGCCGCCAAGCCGGGCGAGGGCAGCGGGCUGACGCGCGAGGUGCUGCGCGAGUUCGCGGGGCUGCACCGCGCUCUCACGGACAAGGGCGUGCAGGUGCACCUGUUUGAGCAUAGCCUGUCUCACGGCACGCCCGACGCCUGCUUCCCCAACAACUGGUUCUCCACGCACCCCGCCGGCGAAGCGGCGGGCGGCGUGUCCACCUCCACCCUGGUGCUGUACCCCAUGAAGUGCCCCAACCGCGCCGCCGAGCGCCGUGACGACAUCAAGCGCGUGCUGGCCACCCGCGGCUACGGGUCCGUAUACGACAUGACGGUGCACGAGCCCGCCAAGAAGUACUUUGAGGGCACCGGCGUGCUGGUGAACGACCGCGUGAACGGCGUGGCUUAUGUGGACAUCUCGGAGCGCGCCGACCGCGGCCUGGCGGAGGAGUGGACGCAGCGCAUGGGCUACAAGGAGCUGGUGGCCUUCCGGUCCACCGACCUGCGCGGCAAGUCCGUGUACCACACCAACGUCAUGAUGGCCAUCGGCACGGGCGUGGCCAUCGUGUGCGCGGACAGCGUGAAGGACGCCAAGGAGCGCCAGCACCUGCUGUCCUCGCUGCGGCGCACGCACGAGGUGGUGGAGAUCAGCCUGGCGCAGAUGGACGCGCUGUGCGGCAACGCGCUGGAGGUGGAGGACGGCCGCGGCCUGCCCGUCAUGGCCAUGUCCACGCAGGCCUACAACGCAUUCACGGAGGACCAGAAGCGCGUCAUGCGCCGCCACGUGGCCGACCUGGUGCACGCGCCCAUCGACACGCUGGAGCGCGUGGGCGGCGGCGGCGUGCGCUGCACGUUGGCCGAACUCUUCUAAAUGGGAGCACAGAUGCGGGUGUCACAGCUUUGGGUCUACUUUUGGCACGGGCCCGACUUACGGCCGCCGCAGCCGACCAUUCUUCCGACAAAAGGACUGGGGGGCGUGACGCAUGACAGGCGCUGAAAGCAGGCCUGGGUGUGCAGCUGGCCGCUGCGGCGCUGCACCCGAGGUCGUGGAGGCACGUUCCAUGGAAGAGUGCGUUGAGGUGGCCGAGCGAGGGCCGUGGUGUUUUGAGACGGGAGGUAUGGCGCGCCAGGCCCCCUGGGUGUGGCGCAGAGGACCCCGGCCGUGAUGCUGAGAGAGCAUGAGCGACUGAGCGUACAAAGCGAAGCGGGAAGGGAGAAGGCGCUAGCUAGUGUGUACGGUGAGUGUGCGGCGUGUGGUUUGUGAUGAUGGCAGGACGGCCCUGCAGCGCGUGCGGCGCGUGGUCACGGCCGGUACAUGAAAUGACGGAUGGCCAUGAUAGCUUUUGGGGGGCUACGGGGCUUACAGCGUUACACCUGGCUUGAUUCGAAGGUCGCGUGGGCUUGCGGUACUGAGUGGUGCUGCAGCGGAACACCCAGGUCGGUUGUGAUGGGCAUGGCCGACUCCAGGGUGGGCGAGCUGCAUUGGGUCGGGUCAGGUUCUUGGGGGGGUGUAGCUUUUCGUCGUGGCCAGCCCUGUUUGGCAGCCAGGGUCGGGCGUGUACACCCCGAGUCGUGUGUAGCAGCGGGGGCAGCAGGGGCCGUUUGCGUGCAUCGCAACAAGGCUGGGGGCACGUUGGGGGCACCUGAUUUGGAUUGCGGCACUUGGUAGCUGCGUUUGUAGCUGUAGCAUUGCUGGACUGAUAAGACCGGGACUGUGCGGGAACUGCACUAAUGUCGUGAAACAGCAGACAGUUGAUGUGGCAACGAGAGGGGCUCGGCCGCUGCGUGUGUGCGAUAGGACAGGGGAAGGGGCGAAGUGGUGUAGUGACUGUAGUCCCGUAGUGUGCUGAGUAUGCAGUCGUCCCAGAACUAGACAGCUUGAUGAUAGCUGCAACUCAAGUACUCAACUAGCGAACCAAAGUGCUAGUCACCCUAGUCACAGUAGUCGUGCGUGCAACCCCCGCACGCACCUACACACACGCAUACGCAUGCACGAGCACACGAGUAUAACCCUGGACCGCCGA